AAAAAAAUUUAAAGCAGCCAUUGGGGACUUGAACCCAAAGAGAAAUCAAGCUAAAUUAGAGCAACACGCUUCAAUUUGGCCAUGAAAUUCAUCAAAAUAUUCAUCCCCAUCUCGGUUUUCCAAUCCCAAAGUCCAUCCUCCUCUGGCUUUUAAGAUCUCUUCAACGGCCAUUCUCUUCACUGGGAUUCAGUGAUUCUGCAACUUUUUACUUCCUCUCUCACCAUCCAUCACUAUACAUUCUCAUACGUUCUAUUUCUUUUGAUUAGCUUCUAUCCCUCAUAAUGAAGUUUUUCAGCUGGAUGCAAACUAGAUUUGCAGGAAAACAAGAGAACAGAAAACCAAACUCAUAUGCGUCGUCUACUUAUCAUGCAAAACAAGAGCCUCGAGAAGAAUUCAGCGACUGGCCUCAUGGCCUCUUAGCCAUUGGGACUUUUGGAAACAACAAUGAAAUAAAAGAAACCCUAAAUCAUAACGAUCGGACCCAGAAUCCUCCGGAGGACGAUCCUUCAUCGUCUGAGGAAUUAGCAGAUUUCACUCCCGAAGAAAUCGGGAAACUACAGAAGGAGUUAACCAAGCUCUUGCGACGAAAACCCAACAAAAAUGUCGAAAAGGAAAUCGCUGAGCUUCCUCUGGAUAGAUUCCUCAACUGCCCAUCCAGCUUGGAGGUUGAUCGGAGAAUCAGCAACGCGCUUUGCACUGAUCCCGAUGAUAAUCUUACUAACAGUAAUAAUAAGGAAGAAGAAGAUAUUGAGAAGACGCUUAGUGUCAUACUGGGUAAAUGCAAAAACAUUUGUGCAGAUAAUAGCAAGAAAGCCAUUGGGAAGAAAUCGAUUUCGUUUCUGAUAAAGAAGAUGUUCGUUUGUGCGAGAGGGUUUGCUCCACAACCCAGUCUCAGAGACAUCCUACAAGAGUCAAGAAUGGAAAAGCUUUUGAGGACAAUACUUCACAAGAAUUUAUACUCUCAAUGUUCUCCAUCUCGGGCCUCACCAACAAAGAAGCGCCUUGAGGACAAAAGGACACUAAGGAAGAGAAAUGAAGAAGAACAUACAGAAAAGAAAAUUAACGAUGGUUGUAAAUGGGUCAGAACCGAUUCUGAGUAUAUUGUUCUAGAGAUAUAGAUCUGCUCCCCUUGGCGCCAUCUCUGUUUUCUUGUUCACUUGUUUAGAUGUACAAUAUUACAGUGCCUCAGACUCGAGCAAGGAGUCAAAUAUAUAAGCAUGGUGAUUAGAUGAUGAAGUGGAGCUCGGAUUUUUAGAAACAGAGUUCAGCUAUGAUGCUGCACCAUCAUGAUAUGGAUGGUGCAGAGAAUGUGUCUCUGUUUUGUCCCCUUUUUUUCAUGGUUGUAUCUGCUAAUGCAGAGCAACUCAUGUUACAGAAAAUUGUAGAAAGGAUUGAUCUGUUCUGUACCUGUACUGUGUACUCUUGACUCCACUUUUUUCUGUGCUGAGAUGUUAGCUUCUCUCUUUAUAUGA